AUGUUAGUCAAUCAACUUUGUAAAUUAGUACCAAAACAAUCAACGGUCAGUGGCAUCAGUUCAUUGAUUGGUGUAGCCAACUACUCGACCGUUCAACAACAAGUUUCAGAUGCUACCGUUCGUUCAUACGGUGGUCUCAAAGAUAAAGAUCGUAUCUUUACUAAUCUCUAUGGUGAACAUGAUGUUUACUUGAAAGGUGCUAUUGCAAGAGGAGAUUGGUAUAGAACAAAAGAUCUUAUUGGUAAAGGAAAAGAUUGGAUUAUUAAAGAGAUGAUGGCAUCUGGAUUAAGAGGUAGAGGAGGAGCAGGUUUCCCAUCAGGUUUGAAAUGGUCGUUUAUGCCAAAGCAAUCGACUGGACGUCCACAAUAUUUGGUGAUCAAUGCCGAUGAGGGUGAACCAGGCACUUGCAAGGACAGAGAGAUUAUGCGUCACGACCCACACAAGUUGAUCGAAGGUUGUUUGGUUGCUGGUUUUGCCAUGCGUGCAUGCGCAGCUUACAUUUAUAUUAGAGGUGAAUUCCAUCUCGAAGCCAAGGUCAUGGAACAGGCCAUCGCAGAGGCUUACAAGGCUGGCUAUCUCGGUGAGAAUGCCUGUGGAACCGGUUACAAGUUUGAUUGCUACGUUCACCGUGGUGCCGGUGCCUACAUUUGUGGUGAAGAAACUGCCCUCAUUGAAAGUUUAGAAGGCAAGCAAGGAAAGCCACGUCUUAAACCACCCUUCCCAGCUAUGGCUGGUCUCUAUGGUUGUCCUACCACUGUUACCAAUGUUGAAACUGUUGCUGUUGCUCCAACUAUUCUUAGACGUGGAGGAGCAUGGUUUGCUGGUUUUGGUAGACCAAAGAAUUCUGGUACUAAAUUAUUCUGUAUUUCUGGUCAUGUUAAUAAUCCUUGCACAGUUGAAGAGGAGAUGAGUAUUCCACUUCGUGAAUUAAUCGAUAAGCAUUGCGGUGGUGUCAUUGGUGGUUGGGAUAAUUUACUUGGUAUCAUUCCAGGUGGUUCUUCUGUCCCUGUCCUUCCAAAGGAUAUUUGUAAUGAAGUUUUAAUGGACUUUGAUGAUUUGAGAAGAGUUAGAUCAGGUCUUGGAACAGCAGCUGUUACAGUUAUGGACAAAUCAACAGAUAUUGUUGGUGCUAUUGCACGUUUAUCAAAGUUCUAUAAGCAUGAGAGUUGUGGACAAUGCACUCCAUGUCGUGAAGGUACUGGUUGGAUGUGGGAUGUCAUGGAAAGACUCGUCACUGGUGAUGCCAAACUCGAUGAAAUUGAUAUGUUGGAAGAAAUUACUCGUCAAGUUGAAGGUCAUACUAUUUGUGCUCUUGGUGAUGCUGCUGCUUGGCCAAUCCAAGGUUUACUUCGUCAUUUCCGUCCAGAAGUAGAGGCAAGAAUCCAUAGCUUCCAAGCGACCAAGAAACAAUCUCCAUUCUAA